AUGGUGCUGCAUGGUCUCCCUAAGAUCCACAAGCCCGGUAUCCCCCUUCGCCCCAUUGUAGACUUCAGAUCGUCCCCUCUUCGGGCGUUAUCCUGCUACAUACACAAGGUUUUAUCCCCGCUCACCGGAAACACCCCAACUCAUGUACGAAACUCUGCCCACUUCGUGGAGCGCGUCUCACCACUCACCAUCAGCGCUGACGAGUCCCUCGUUUCGUUUGACGUUGUGUCUCUCUUCACGAAUGUGCCGGUCCCACUGGCAGUGGACGCUGCCAGGAUGGCACUUGAGAGGGACAACGACCUGGCGACUAGAAGCAACCUCAGCGUUCACGAAGUGUGCCGCCUCCUAGAUUUCUGCCUCAGCGGAACGUACUUCUCAUUCAACGGAGAGUACUACAAGCAGACUACCGGAACAGCAAUGGGUGCGUCAAUAUCGGUAACCGCAGCGAACUUGGUGAUGGAAUCAAUUGAAGAAAGGGCCCUGCUAUCCCCCGAUAUUAAACCGAAAACAUUCUUACGGUACGUAGACGAUUGCUUCUGUAUUUUGAAGAAUUCCGAUGUUGACGAGUUUUUGGCACGCCUAAACCGCAUCGAGCCAUCCAACCAGUUUACCGUGGAACUCGAGAGGAACAACGUUUUGCCUUUUCUCGAUGUACUCGUAAAGAGAGAAGGAAGUGACCUAAAGUUCACCGUGUACAGGAAGCCCACUCAUACGGGACGAUAUCUAAUGUUUGAUUCCAAUCACCCUACUUGUCACAAGGCUUCGGUGGUUUCGUCCUUUUUUUCGAGAGCUAAGAAGAUUUGUUUGUCUGGGAAAGACAGGAAAAAAGAAGAAGCAGCAAUCACUUCCGAUUUAGAAAAGAACGGAUACACAAGUAGCUUUGUUCAGAGAGUCGCCCGUCGUUAA